GACGAGCCGCUCGCACACACCACCAGCAUCAAGCUGGGAGACCUCGCCUCCAACAUCAUCACCAGGGACUUCUGUAGUCCCACCACCUCCAUCAUGCACCACAACAGUCGCUUCGGCGUGACCACCUCGGAAGGCUACACGGUGUCCGUCUCAGCCAGCGGCGCGGCGGCCGCGGCCGAAGACUGGAAGCGCCGUGACGCGCCCAAGCACGCGCCAUACUUGUUAGAGCCUGUCUCGCCGCCGGACAACCACCACGCUAACAGAAACAACAACAGCAGCAACCGUCGCUACAGCGGCGUUACCGGCGUGGGCGGCGUCAGCGGCGUCGGCGGCGGCGUCAACGUCGGCGGCGGCGUGCUCACCGCUUUCGACUACGUCACCAACCGCAUUGUAGAAGUCAUGAGGAGUGACGCUGAUGAGAGAGCGAAGCCGCUAGCGUUCCCGCCUACCGCCUACGCGUAUCCUUACUCCGCCCUGAAUGUCGCUACGCCCGCCCAGCCGCCAGCUAUGCCCGCACCACAUACAGAAGCGCCAGGCAGCAGCAGUAGCAGCGCCGUGGCGCCGGAGCCGGCGCCGCUGAUGUCUGCGCAGUACGAGCCGCUGUCCGACGAGGACUGACGAGCCGCCCCCGCGCCGCCUCCUACGGGCCGCCGGUAACCCCGCGGCUGGGGACAUCGCGACUGGGAAGGGACCGCGUCUAGGAAGUACGCCCCUAGGAAGUACGCCCCUAGGAAGUGGGAUGCACUUAGGGAGUGUACCGUCCUUGGGAAGUGGGACGUCGCUAGGAACUAGCCAGAAGACCGGCCCUAGCCAUGGGAAAUGGGACGCCUCUAGCGAGUGUACCGACCCUAGGAAGUGAGACGCCCCUAGCGAGUGCACCGACUCUAGGAUGAGACCGCACCUAGAAUGUGGGCCACCCCUAGGAUGGGACCGCGUCUUGGGAGUGGGACGCUCCUAGCCAGUGUACCGCCCUAGGAGGUGGGACGCCCCUAGGAAGUACGCCUCUAGAAAGUGAACCGCUAGCCAGAAGACCGGCCCUAGCGAGUGUACCGACCCUAGGAAGUGGCACGUCGCUAAAGUGGGACGCCCCUAGGAAGUACGCUCAUUGAAAGUGGCAAGCCAGAAGACCGGCCCUAGAGAGUGGCCCGCCCGUGGGAAAUGGGACACAUGUAGCGAGUGUACAGUUCCUAGGAAGUGGGACGUCGCUAGGAAGUGAUACGCCCCUAGGAAGUAAGACGCCCCUAGGAAGUGGGAUGCCCCUAGAAAGUGGACCGCUAGCCAGAAGACCGGCCCUAGCGAGUGUACCGACUCUAGGAAAGGACCGCCCCUAGAGAGUAGACUGCACCUGGGAAAUGGAUCAGCCAGAAGUCAGUAGCCAGAAGACCGGCCCUAGCGAGUAUACCGCUGGGAAGUGGGACGCCCCUAGGAAGGGACCGUUAGCCAGAAAACCGGCCCUAGCGAUUCUACCGCCCCUGGAAAAUGGGACACCCGUAAAGAGCAGACUGCACCUGGGCAGUGAACCGCCUCUAGCCAGAAGAUCGGCCCUAGCGAGUGUGCCGCCCAUAGAGAGCGGGCUAGACCAGUGGUCCGCCCACCACCAGACAUGGCUUACCACCAGCAGCCAAGAAAAUUAAUAACGACAACAAAUCGAGAAGAAAUUGGCUAAAAAAGUACGCAUCCAGUGAUAAAAGUUUGCUUCGAAUUCUUAUUUAUUUCAUGCUCACUCGUUCCUGUGUGAAAAGUGAUUCAUUGAGCUAAUAAAUCGAGCUUUUUCAAUGUACUACAAUACUUUAAGAAAAUUCAGAGGCCGUCAUGGAAUCAGAGAGAUGACGUCACUGAAGACGAAUCAUUCAUUCAAAAAAGUUCUGCGACUGUGAACAAUGAAACUUGAAUGUGAUUUUGUAAAACUCUCAUUUAACAAAAAGCUAGGUAUUGAAAUUCUUAACUUUAACUUAUUAUAACGGAACAUAACUUUAAACGAUCGAAAAAUAACGGACAUUAGAAACAAACAAACCAAACGAAGAAAAAAAGGACGUUAAUACGAAAAACUUUAGUAACAGACUGAAAAGACUUGAAACAAAGUGACAUAAGUGCAAAAUGACGCGUUUUGCGUCGAGCGAACGGAGUGCGCGAUAGACAAACAUUAUUUUAAAUGACUGCGAAGAAUUAGUGUAAAAGGUCUUAUGUUAAAAACAGGGAUAGUGCGAAGUGUGGCGUCAGUUGCGGAGGAUCGGUUGACAUUGUUAUUCCUUUCAAUUUCGAGCUUACGAUGUUGUGCCGUGAGGUCUGUGACUAUCUAUUAAUGAAUACUAUUCCGGUGAGUUUUGUACGCUCUUUUGUAUUUUAUUGACUAUUCAUUAUGAUUAUUUGUCUUGUAUACUCACGGUCCUCGGCAUUAGGUUUAGUUCGGUUCAUCAUAUCAUUUCAUAUUCCGACGAUGCCAAAUGAUAACUCCGUAGACUGAUCAUCCCCUUACUUAGUGGUUAGUGAAGCGCCUGAUUACCACUAUUCACUAACUAAAUAAAGCUUACGCAUUCAAUACAUCUGGCAGUUUGACAGAUCUUCUCUUCAUUCUCGCUUACAGGGCACAUGCUAUACUUAAUCCGAUCUGUCAAACUGUCAAAUGUAAAUUAUUAUUUAAAUUAAUCAGACACAGCAUUAAGGUAAAAUUGUGACGUCUAUGUACAAUCAUACUGUGAGCUGUUUAUUUUUAUUUUGUAAUACAAUAAAUAUCGAAAAUUGUAUAUUGCUUUCAUUCAUUUUCAAAUAAUUUUAAAUGUAUACUUGUACCAUUCAUCUAAUAUUUGUAAUCUUAGACCGGGGAUAAUGUGUUCACAGCCGUUUGGUGACGUAAAAAGUAUUUAUUGGAUAUCUUUGGUCGUUUGUAAAUACAUUUAAUGUAUUAUUUAAUAUUACGAUAAAUAUUAAUCAACAUAAAUCAACGAAGAAUACUAAUUAAUCGAUUUAGGAUUUUCUCGUUUUUGCGAUUAAACGGUUUGACACAUUAUUCCAGUGGGUGACCAUGCCAAGACUUGACGGCGCUAUGUUGGGAUAUGUUUACUGUAAGAUCGAGUCUUGUAAUGGAGUUUCGAAUGCAGAUGCCUGAUUGAUAAUUCAUAGAGUUCGGUUCUUAAAUUUUGUGAUAUUUUCACGUUGAUUUCAAAAGAUGAUGAGUGAUACACGCUACAGUCACGCGUCUGUGCGCACAUAGAUAGCGUCUAUGUAGUUCUCACUCGCGUCGAGCCUUCCACGGGGCGGCCGUCGGCAUCGUUAGAUGCUAAUCAAGUUUUUUACAAAGUUUAUAAUUUGAAUUGGAUUUUGAAUUCAUUUUUGGGUGUCGUCUUACUAAGGGGGGACUAGCGACUCCGACGCCGCCUCCUCAGCAGCACUGCCGCAUGCAACAUUACCUCAGUACGGUCAACGUGGCGGACGUCGACGUGAAAUGUUCUUAUUCGAAUAAAUAAAGAUGUAAUAUUUUAUCCAGUCUUCCAUCACCACUCUGACGCCGGGGCCCCGCGGGGCCCCUCUUAGUAUAGGAUUUCCGCGAGACUUCGUCCAUUAUUUAGCGACACUUAGUAAGUUAGUACAAGUUGUACAUUGUGUAUAGACGCGCCGGCUUCGCCGCCCCCGCCGGGUCCCGGGCGGACGUUCGUAAGUUAACUUUUUGUAAGAUUACUCGUUAUUUUUGUAUAGCUUCGCUCCGCGCGCGCCGCGGCCGUCCCUGUACAUACCCGGCGAAGCGGCGCGCGCCGGCGGUUCCACGAACCUUAUACAUAUACUGUAUGUACUCGGAUCUAACCGUAAAUUAUGUAUACAUAUGUAAAAGUGUAUGGUUAUUGUGUAAACACUGUGCAUUUGUAAUUAUGUAGCGUUAGUUAAGGUUACUAUAGGUAGUUAGCGCUGGGCGCGUGGGAGAGCGCUCGCCGGCGCGUGCUUCGUGUUACACCUGACGCCUGUAAAUUUUUGCAAAAUACAUACGUGAAACGUUUCUUUCAUAUUGAAAGAUGUCCGGGAGCGCCGGCGCGCUCUGGCCGCGCCCGCCAGCCGACUGAAACGCCUACAGCGCGACCCUCUCGACAAUGUGAUUUCUUUAUAAACUGUAAUGUUAUGUAAGUAGCCGAAGAAGAUAAUCCUUGUAAGUCCGAUCUUAAGCGAAAACAAAGUUUUGGGAGGACAAAUCAAUAAAUAAGAUGCAAAUCUA